AUGACGGCCUCAGUCUCUGCGACGGAGGCCGAGAAGGCCUCCCAACUAUCACAAGACGACACAGCAACAGAAGACGAUGCAAAGAAGACCCACGACUACGAUGACGAUAACAUCAACAAUACCACCACCGCCACCACCCAACAACAAGAGGUCGUGUACCCCAGCGGCCCAACAAGACUCCUCAUCAUCGUCUCGCUCUGCCUGUCCAUCUUCCUCGUCGCCCUCGACCAGACCAUCAUCGCCCCGGCCCUGGGCGCCAUCACGGCCCAGUUCGACUCGGUUAAGGACAUUGGCUGGUACGGCAGCUCCUACCUCCUCACCACCACCGCCCUGCAGCCCCUGUACGGCAAGCUCUACAACAGCUUCUCCGUCAAGAUCGUCUACAUCUGUGCCGUCGUCGUCUUCGAGGUCGGGUCGCUGGUCUGCGCCACCGCGCCCAGCUCCACCGCCUUCAUCGUCGGCAGGGCCGUCGCCGGCAUGGGCACUGCUGGCUUGUUCUCGGGUGCCGUUGUCAUCUUGGCGUAUACCCUCCCGCUGAGACAGAGACCGCUCGCCUUUGGUCUUAUUGGUGGCAUGUGGGGGAUUGCCAGUGUUGCAGGGCCUCUUCUAGGCGGUGUUUUUACAGAUCACAUCACUUGGAGAUGGUGUUUCUACAUUAGUAAGUACUUAAACGGUCUCGACCUCCUGGGCACCGCGACCCUGAUCCCCGCCGUCGUCUGCCUGCUGCUCGCCCUGCAGUGGGGCGGCACGCAGUACCCCUGGAACAACUCGCGCAUCAUUGGCCUCUUUGUCGGCUUCGGCGCCCUCAUGGCCCUGUUCGUCGCGGUGCAGUUCUGGCGCGGCGACGAGGGCACCCUCCCGCCGCGCUUCUUCAAGAACCGCAACGUCCUCUGCGCCAUGCUCUUCUCCGGCUUCUUCGGCGCCGCCUUCUUCCCCCUCAUCUACUACCUGUCGCUGUACUUCCAGGCCAUCCAGGGCGACAGCGCCGUCGAGGCCGGCAUCAAGCUGCUCCCCCUGCUCCUCGCCACCGUCCUGACCUCCGUCCUCAGCGGCGGCCUCAUCACCGCCAUCGGCUACUACAACCCCAUCGUCCUGCCCAGCAUGGUCCUGUUUGCCGCGGGCGCGGGCAUGAUUACGACCUUUGCCCUCGACUCGCCCGUGCGCGUCUGGCUGGGCUACCAGGUGCUCGCCGGCCUGGGCAUCGGCGUCGGCUUCCAGCUGGGCAUCCUGGUCGUGCAGGCUGUGCUGCCGCCUGAGGAUAUCCCUGUGGCCACGGCCUGUGUCCAGUUUUUCCAGUCCUUUGGUGGUGCCAUCUUCAUCGCCGUGGCCCAGACCGUCUUUCAGAAUGGACUGGUCGACGGCGUCAAGCGUGGUGCGCCUGGCCUGGACCCGCAGAUCUUUAUUAACUCGGGUGCCGACCAGGUCAGGGAGAUCUUGCAGUCCAUGGGCAUGGAGCAGUAUACUACCGCCGUGCUGGAGGCGUACCUGUCUGGGCUGCGGAAUACAUACUAUAUCACAGUGGCCUGCGCGACUGCUGCAUUCUUUGCCGCUCUGGGUCUGAGCUGGGUGAGUAUCAAGAAGAAGAAGCAGCAGCCUGGGGAAGAAGAAGCCUAG